GGGAGUUUUUCAAAAUGGAAGCACAGAGGCACCGCCCAGGCCUCGGAAGGUGUCAGGGAGACCUUUCGGUGGCUCUACCGUCGUCGCCGGGAACGGCGGCCUAGAGAGAAGCGCCUGAUGGGCGCCAAGACCGGCUGGCUGCUUGGAGCGCUGCCUCGAAGGGACUACGCGAAGGGAGCUAAUCCGGGGAGUAGCAGCCGCGGCCUGGAAACAUGGCGACCUGCAUCGGGGAGAAGAUCGAGGAUUUUAAGGUUGGAAAUCUGCUCGGCAAAGGAUCAUUUGCUGGUGUCUAUAGAGCUGAAUCCAUUCAUACUGGUUUGGAAGUUGCAAUCAAAAUGAUAGAUAAGAAGGCCAUGUACAAAGCUGGAAUGGUACAGAGAGUGCAAAAUGAGGUGAAAAUACAUUGCCAAUUGAAACAUCCUUCUAUUUUGGAGCUUUAUAAUUAUUUUGAAGAUAACAACUAUGUAUACCUGGUAUUAGAAAUGUGUCAUAAUGGAGAAAUGAACAGGUAUCUAAAGAACAGAAUGAAACCCUUCUCAGAAAAUGAAGCUCGACACUUCAUGUACCAGAUCAUCACAGGACUGUUGUAUCUUCAUUCUCAUGGUAUAUUACACCGGGAUCUCACACUUUCUAACCUUUUACUUACACGUAAUAUGAACAUCAAGAUUGCCGACUUUGGACUGGCAACACAAUUGAAAAUGCCGCAUGAAAAGCACUAUACUUUAUGUGGAACUCCUAAUUACAUUUCACCAGAAAUUGCAACUCGAAGUGCACAUGGACUUGAAUCUGAUGUUUGGUCCUUGGGUUGUAUGUUUUAUACAUUACUUAUUGGGAGACCACCUUUUGACACUGACACAGUCAAGAACACCUUAAAUAAAGUAGUAUUGGCAGAUUAUGAAAUGCCAGCUUUUUUGUCACGAGAAGCCAAGGACCUUAUUCACCAAUUGCUUCGUAGAAAUCCAGCGGAUCGCUUAAGUCUGUCUUCCAUAAUGGACCAUCCUUUUAUGUCUAGAAAUUCUCCAACAAAAAAUAAAGAUUUAGGAACUGUAGAAGACUCCAUUGAUAGUGGACAUGCUACGAUUUCUACUGCAGUUACAGCUUCCAGUACCAGUAUGAGUGGUAGUUUAUUUGACAGAAGAAGACUUUUGAUUGGUCAGCCACUCCCAAAUAAAAUGACUGUAUUUCCAAAGAAUAAAAAUGCAAGUGAUUUUUCUUCUGCAGGCAGUGGAAGCAGUUUUUAUACUCAGUGGGGAAAUCAAGAAACUGGUGAUAGCAGAAGGGGUAGAGUAAUCCAAGACGCAGAAGAAAGGCCACGUUCUCGAUACCUUCGCAGAGCCCAUUCCUCUGACAGAUCUGAGGCUUACAACACUCAGUCUCGAGCAAAGACGUGUGCAAUGGAACGGUGUCAUUCAGAAGAAAUGCUCUUGAAGUCAAAAAGAUCAGAAGUAGAUGAAAGUGAAGAGAGAUACUCACCCACAAACAGCAAUGUCAAUAUUUUUCAUGUCUUUAAAGAAAAGACUUCCAAUAAUUCUGGAUCUUUUGAAAGACCUGAUGUCGAUCAAGCACUCUCCAAUCGCCUUUGUCCAGGAAAAACUCCGUUUCCAUUUUCAGAUCAGACACCUCAGGCUGAAAUGAUGCAACAGUGGUUUGGGAAUCUGCAAAUAAAUGGUCAUUUAAGAGAAACCACUGAGCCCAACAGCAUCAGUCCAAACAGAGAUUUCCAGGGCCACCCAGAUUUGCAGAAAGACACAUCAAGAAAUGCUUGGACUGAUACACAAGCCAAAAGGAACUUUGAUGCUCCUGAUAAUGCACAUUGUUUUAAACAGCUGAAUACUAUGAAAUACAUCACUGGACUUCACAGCAAGCCUGAAAUAAUUCAACAAGAAUCUGGUUUUGGCUUAGAUCCUGUUUCUGAACAAAGCAAAACUAGGAGUAUGGAGUCAAAACUGGGUUAUCUGAAGCAAACACUACGAAGCAUAACAUCUCCUUUGAUUGCUCAUAGGUUAAAACCCAUCAGACAGAAAACCAAAAAGGCUGUGGUGAGCAUACUUGAUUCUGAGGAAGUGUGUGUGGAGCUUCUAAAGGAACAUACAUCUCAAGAAUAUGUGAAAGAAGUUCUCCAAAUAUCUAGUGAUGGAAAUACGAUUACUGUUUAUUAUCCAAAUGAUGGAAGAGGUUUUCCUCUUGCUGACAGACCACCCUCACCUACUGACAACAUCAGUAGAUACAGCUUUGACAAUUUACCAGAAAAGUAUUGGCGAAAAUAUCAGUAUGCUUCCAGAUUUGUACAGCUUGUAAGAUCUAAAUCUCCCAAAAUCACUUAUUUUACAAAAUAUGCUAAAUGUGUUUUAAUGGAGAACUCUCCUGGUGCUGAUUUUGAGGUUUGGUUUUAUGAUGGAACAAAAAUACACAAAACAGAAGAUUUUAUUCAGGUGAUUGAAAAAACUGGGUACGCUUAUAGUUUAAAAGGUGACAGUGAUGUUAAUAGUUUCAAAGAGGAAAUAAGAAUAUAUAUGGACCAUGCUAAUGAGGGCCAUCGUAUUUGUUUAGCACUGGAAUCCGUAAUUUCAGAAGAGGAAAAGAAAAGUAGGAAUGCCCCCUUUUUCCCAAUAAUUGUAGGACGAAAACCUGGUAUUACUACUUCACCUUCAGCCUUAUCACCUCCUCCUUCAGUGGAUCCAGAGUACCCGGUGAGAGAGGCACCAUCUUUGAGCAGACUGAUCAUGAGUAGUGCUGUUUCUCCAGCACAGACUCCAGUAGUUAAUCCUAUAGUUACAAAUGAGGGACUUGGCCAUACAACUACAGCUUCCGGAACAAACAUCUCUUCUAGCAAUCUAAAAGAUGGUCUUCCUAAAUCAGCACAACUUUUGAAGUCUGUUUUUGUGAAAAAUGUUGGUUGGGCUACACAGUUAACUAGUGGAGCCGUGUGGGUUCAGUUCAAUGAUGGAUCACAGCUGGUUGUGCAGGCAGGCGUUUCUUCUAUCAGUUAUACAUCACCAAAUGGUCAAACAACUAGGUAUGGAGAAAAUGAAAAGUUACCAGAAUACAUCAGACAGAAAUUACAGUGUCUAUCUUCCAUCCUUUUGAUGUUUUCUAAUGCAACUCCUGGUUUCCAGUGAUUAAAACUCCUUUCAGAUAUAUAUACAUAUGUUUAAUAAAUAACUUGUUGGCUUUCAAAUAAAGUGACUUUUUAUUUAAUAUAACUUCUUCAGAAAGCCUAUCUGUAAAAGAUCAUUUUAAUCUACCAUGAAGGUUGUAUUCUGAGAGAACAGAGUAGAAUGAAAUUUGAGUCACUUAUCAAAUAUUGUGCCCAUAGAAUAAAAUAGGACACCAAACUUUGCUCUUAGAACAUACUCUCAAAUUUUGUGUUCAUAUAUUUGUAUUGAAUAAUUUUUUAAAAAGAAAAAUAUUCGUAGUGUGUGGCGUAUUUGUGCUAUCAUUGUUUCCCCUACUUCUCAGACAUGUUGAUAAUCAUGGACAAACAUGCUGGAGUUUUUGAAUUUUUGAAGUUGUAAAUAAUGUGUAUUUUUGUUAUUAGUAAAUAUGUAAACGUGUAUAUUUGUUUUAUAUUUAUUUUUGUAGCACCAGUGUCGGAUGAAACAUUUCUGCAAAUGCAUUU